AUGGAUUUCAGCAACGUGUUUGUGACGAUGCCGCAGCAGCAGCAAUCGUUCGCGAAGCCUAACGAGGAUAACACCUCUGGCUUCUUUUUUGGUGACGAGGGCAUCGAUACAACUGGGUCUUUUGUUGACCCGACCGUAUUUGCGACCCCCUCUCAGGAUAUGGGCUACUUGUCUCAGAGCCUUGCUAUGGAUAACACCAUGAGCAAUGCAUCAAUAUGGAGCAGCCAUCUUACACCGGAAUCGCUUAUCUUGAAUUCUUUUCCCACUACUCCCACACAGCCACUGGACAUGUUCCAACCAAGCUUUAGUUCUUCGUUAGGCAAGAGGUCGUUGCAGCUCGACGUGGAGGACUUCCCUCAGUCCAAGCGCCACGAGUCAAUGAGAGAUUACACUACCCUAUCUUCGUUUUCAUCAACAUCGUCUCCUCAGAUGGAGGUGGUCUCAGGUCUUUCUGAUGAAGCAGCCGACGUAUGCGCGACAUGGUUCAACAAAUACGCCGUUUUGCCCAGCGAUCGACACGUCGAGUCGCUUAGCCAGCUCACUGGCGAGUCUUCAGAUGCCAUCCGGCAAUGGUUCGGCCGGUUGCUGAAGCAAGGUAUGGGAGGACACGACUCAGCAUACAAAUCACAAACCGACAUGAUGCAGCCAACCCUGUGCUGGUCUGAUUCUUAUACAGCCGAUCUGGUUUCCCAUCAGCAGCAGCCAUCGAGCUUGGUCCAGCAUCAACCCACUACGCAGCUUACACAGGAGGACACAGCGACUCCAGAAAGACGGCCCAGCAACGACACAGCCACAAUCAGCCAGUCGACGUCAAAUCUCCGUGGUGGGAAGAAGCGCUGUACACCUACUGACAACCGGGAGUUACUGUCCAGGGAUCCCAACAAGAUCUACCAGUGCACGCGAAAAUGCGGCAAGCGUUAUGGCCGCAAGUGUGACUGGAAGAGGAACGAGGAAGAAGGUUACCCAUGCAAAUCUUGGGUAUGCAGCUUGUGCAUAGGUGGAGGUGUCGAGAAUGUGCGACCUUGCUUCAGGAAGUAUCACUUCGUGCAGCAUUUCAGGAACAUCCACCCUGAUGUGGACAGCGAUCAGUACGAGCAAACGAGCAUCGUGUGUUCUGAGACAGAGUUUCCACGAAACUGCGGUUUCUGCAAGGAUCGAUUCGACUCGAGGCAGGACCGCAUUGACCAUAUUGCAGACCACUUCAAACAAGGCAAGUCUAUGCUUGACUGGAACGAUAACAGUGACGAUGACGGCCAGGACGACGAUGACAACAACGAUGACGAUGACGAUGACGACAAGCCUAGCGGUGAUGGCUACGACAGUGCGCCCUCACAACCGCCUCCAGAACGUGAUCCUCGCGACGACUUCAACUCCAAAUACCAUGGUGGUGGCGACUACGGCGGCGGCGGCAACAGCAACAGCCCUGGAAGUCUACCGCCAAGCAGUUUCUUCCAACUCCAGCUGUCAUCGGAACUCGAAGAUGUCGACAUCACCAAGCGACCCCAGGGUGAUCGACAAUCGACUCAGCAACGCUCUCGAUCCUCUCGAUCUAGCUCAGAGCCCAAGGAGUCGAGCUCUCUACAAGAACGUGUUUUUACCAAGCAAUGCUCAACGCAACAGCAUGCUUCGACAGCGCGAGACGACGAACCUUCUUUGGCCGGAGAUGCUCUCUCCGGCCUUUUAGUUGGGGGGACUCAAGUCCCAUCACAACCUCUCGUGGCUCGCGGAGUUUGUUUAAGUAAAGAUGGCGUCGGCCUCAUAACAGCCGCUGCAAACAGACAGCCUGCGCCCUUGGAUUCGGACAACAAUGCACCUGGUCGGAACACCAAAAUCAGUCCAACGGAAGGACUCACCCAGCAUCACUCAAAGGAUCAAUGCGUUGCAACUCCCAUUGUGCAAGACGCAACCGUCGGUCAGACCAAGGUAUCCCUAUCGUCAAUGGCUGUGCUGGAUACCGUACACGACUUUACCCCACACUCAUUCCUGAGUGUCAGACUACUCGGUGCCGGCGGCUUCAGUACUGUUGAUGAAGUACUGCACCGCGCAACGAAGUUAAGGCUAGGUCGCAAGACACUCAAGAAUCGCAAUCAAUCUGCGAUCGAGGAACUGAAGAAGGAAGUGAGCGUUCUGCAGAAGCUACGCCAUCCUCACGUAAUCCGCUUCCUGGGUGCCUACUCGAACGGUGACAAGAUGUCAAUCCUUGUGUCCCCUGUCGCCGAAACAACGCUUGCACUCUGGCUCGAGCAGGGCAUGCUACAGCAACCGGCCAACUUCGUCAACGUCGUUAGCAAAAUGUUCGGAUGUCUUCUGUCGUCGGUCAGAUACCUACACGAGCAGCGCCCUGUUGUCAAGCACAUGGAUAUCAAGCCGCAGAACAUCCUUGUCGUUCAGGGCGAUCAAGAGUUCCCGCACAUAGUACUAUGCGACUUCGGCGUCAGCUCCUCCGAUGACCUGUCUGAUGGUCAGCAUAAGCCUUUGACGAGACGAUAUGUAGCACCCGAGGUACUGGAAGGACUCACUCGUGAACAAGCCGCCGACAUAUGGAGUCUGGGGUGUGUCUUUGCGGAGAUGGCAUCUGCACCAUUCGCACAGUCCAACUCGAAAUGGCUAACCUUCCGCCAUGAGUACAGUGGCCGUGCCGGAAAGCACUACUGGCAAGACGUACCGAGCUUACAAAAUCGGCUGUCAAGCUUCCUCGAGGAGGCCGCAACUCCCACCGAAAAACUGGUGGUUGGUACGCUCAAGGAUAUGCUACACGCAGACCCGAACGAGCGGCCGAGCGCGGCGCUUCUGUCUUUGAGGUUCACUCCAGCGCCAUGCUGUCUUGAGUGGUCCAACGAUAAGGCUGUCUUCCCUGCACCAGAUCAAGAGCUUGAAGCUGUAGAGAACCUCGGCCACCGACGUGGCGUCGACUGCUGCGACCACCUUGACCAUGCCGCCGGCAUAAUUGACGACCACAGUCAAGACGUCUUCAAGAAUGCGAAGCGCUGGAUCGAAGAAUGCUCUCACGCCCACGAGGCUUGUCGCCAGCAUGCAAAGACCGAUAGGACCCUACCAACACGCUUGGUUGACACUCAACCUGAAGGCAUCGACAACAGCAUUGUUCGCGUUGUCGACAGUACCUCGAUCACCCAAGGCUCUGAAGGCGUUGAAUAUGCUACCCUCAGCUAUGUGUGGGAACAGACAGGCGUAACACUGACAACUGAUGAACUCCAGAAAGCACAGCUGGGCUUCCAAAGGCACGCGCUGCCCAAGCCACUUGAGUCUGGUAUCCAAGCUGCACAGAACCUCGGUUACCGGUACAUCUGGAUCGACUCGCUCUGCGUCCUUCAGGAUUCUGAAGACGACAAGCGAAGCGAGUGUGCCAAGAUGGCAUCAGUGUUCCGCAAUGCUGCCCUAACAAUCGUACUCGACCAGAUCGACGAGUUCCGCUCCGAGAAGCCUGCUAUUACCGAGAUAACGUCUGGAGUCUUGCCAAAUGCGAUGGCCAACGCACUGACUCAGAAUGCAAACAAGACUGGCGAUCGACCGUCGGCUGCCGCCAUACUACCAGUGAGCGAUUUCGCCACACCUGGCUUUGGCUGGGAUACACGCGCCUGGGCUCUUCAAGAACGCCUACUUAGCCACCGCCUCUUGCACCUUUGCGACAUGCAAAUGUAUUGGGAGUGCAACUCACUGAAGGCAUCUGAUACAUUCCCGCAAGGUCUAUCGCCGCUGUUAUGGGAGAAGGCGCAUAGCAAGUCACACCACGACCGUCCUCAGUGCGGCAAGUCGGGCGUGCAAUCAGUAACCUUCAAGAACGUGCUCGGUAGGCCGACACUCGAACCCACGCGUCUCCGCAACUGUCAGUGGAUUCACAAAGAAGGCAAUGGCAAUAGCGACAGCAUGACCGCCGCGCACACGACGAUGCAGCUGGAAGGAGCUAAGGCACCUCUGAGCUCCAAAGCCGUGUUGUCACCAGACUUUGCGCGCAAGAUCCCUGCUAUUGAUGCCAUAUCCACCACGAAUGCCUCAAUCAGAGCGUACAAUACCGGCGACGAUCAAGUUGCAGCCAACCGGUCGGCAAGCCCGUACCUCAAAGGCCUGUUCGCCCUGUCAUCUGGCCAUCUCACCAGCGCUCAUCGUCCACUCAGCAAGGUCUACCGCAGAUCAGACAGCAUCAACAUCGGUCUGAGCGCUGGCAGUCUGCCCGUGCACGUUGUGGGUGCGAUACAUGACCAGCCUGCCAACAACAGCAGCAGUCACACAUCCAGCACCCACGUCGCGCAGCCCAACGCGCCUCAAAACUCAGGCAUACUCGCGACUGCCAACACAGCCUGCGAUAGCCUCGUGCACACUCUCGCCCACCAGCUCGUAUCUGAGGUGUACUCGCACCCGUGCACUAGUCCGAACAGCAGUCCGAAGAGCAGUCCACCGCCUCAGAUCCACAGCCACGCACCGUCGUUGCAAACAUAG